AUGCCAGUGGUGAAGAAGAAGAAGGAGACGGCCGGGUCCACUGAGGCCCAGAAGCUUGCCGCGGCCGCGCCACCUCAGGCGCAAAAGGACGAGGACGGCCUGUGCGCUCCUACGGCUGGGUCCUCCUCCCGAGGCUCGGGGGCCCGGCCUCGGGAGGACGCGAUCUCCGUAACCAAGCCGGCUCCGGAGGCGCCCGCCCUCAGCUCGCCUGCUGAGGUCCCGAAGGCUCCGGAGCCCCCGGCCUCCUCUGCUGCUGCUACCUCGCCGAUCCUGACGCCGUGCGCUGUCUCCUCCCCCGUCCAUCACGCCGCUGGGCCGGCGGCAUGGAGCCAGGCCGUGGCAGCCUCAGAGGAGGGCAAACAGGCUGCUGGCCUGGCCGCGGUCGCCCCAGACUUGGCGGUGAAGGAUGCCGAGGCUGCCGAGGAGCGCUGCCGAGUGGCGGAGGCUGGUCUGAAGACCCUCUGCGACCAACAGGUCGCCGAGGCCCGUCAGUGCGAGGUGCGGGAUGAGGAGAUGAAGGCUCAAGAGGCUGCAGUUGCUGACCGCGACGCCGAGCUGGAGCAAAGGCCCCGCAAGGCGCUACAGGAUCUCUACGGGAGGGGGUUGAAGGAGCCGUUGGUGACUGCUGAGGAAGGCCCCGCCGAGCUGCUCCCCCAGCUCGUCACGGCGCUCGAGGGUGUUGUCCUUGGGGCCGACCCCAUGGUGGAAGGAGAAGCCCGCGCGCUCUCCGCCUCGGCCAUGAUGCGCGUCUUUAGCCACCUCCAUCUUCGCGACCCCAACUUCGACUUUGGAGCCUUGCUUCAGCCUGUGGACUUGGAGCACUGCACCGCUGCAGCCGAAGCCAUGAAGGACCAGGUGGAGUCCCUGCUGCGAAAGUUCCUCGCCAUCGACCCCGCGCCCAUGGCUGAUGGCGCCGCCGACCCUCCGGCCGCGACUGACGGCACGUGCGACGGCGACGUUGUCGACGAUGGGGCACUCCUUGCGGGCGAUGGCAGCGCCCAAGGCUGA